GGAAAACCGAAAUAGCUUCGUCUUGAGAUUUCAACUGUGCGAUUUGCCUUCAGUCUUGUAUACAAUUCUCUCUGGUAACUGAAACGUUGAAAGUUACGUUGUGGCCAAUCCCUGCUGUGUCCAUGGCGAUGGCCGGCCCCCAAGCAGAAGAGGUGAAGCAGCGCAUCUCUGCCAUCUGGGAGAACCUGCAGUGCCCCAUAUGUUUGGACCUGAUGAGUGUGCCUGUGACUACAAAAUGUGAUCACCAGUUCUGCAAGUUCUGCAUGCAGAAGCUGCUGGACAGAGGCCGCCGGCAGGAGGCCAACUGCCCCGUUUGCAAAACCAAAGUCACAAAACGGAGUGUUCAGGAGAGUUCAGCGUUCCAGAAGCUGGUUGCCGGGCUACAGCAGCUGGUGGAGGCCUAUGAGUUUGACACCUGCACAAGCUAUUUCACUGGUUUGGCCCAAAGCAGGAGACCUGGCAGCACUGAGGUCUGGCAGAACACAGAGGAGUGUGUGGACAUUGGGACCCCAGAGCAUGAUGGGAUACAUGGAGCUGACACAAGUGCACCCUCAAUGACGUCAUCUCGAGCAGCUAAGGAUGCCUUUGCCCAGCUGAUGGACCUCGGAGACUCCUGCUCGGCCACGUCAGACAGUGGCCUCGGACACCUGCCGCAAGCCUCCAGGCUGGAAGCUCUACGCUCACCUGUGCAGCAAGACGAGGACUCGCCCUCACCUGCGGAAAGAGAAGACGACCUGCCUGCGGAGGGCGACCGCAACAGCCUGCCCCCGCUGGUCGAGGGAGGACAUGACGCGCUGUCUGCCGCUGCUGUCUCCAGGCCUCCUCAGCCAAUGGGGUUGGAGGAGGAGGAGGAGGAGGCGGAACCUGACAGGGUCGUGGUCCACGCCAAGAGACAGACGCGGUCGUCACAGAUGCUGGUUGCCAAGCAACAACACCCUGGCGAUUCUGACGAUUCUGAGCUGGUUCUGCGCAGGUCCAGCCGCGGUGGCAAGAGGCGGGUUCUGGAGGUGGACCCGGUGGCGCCGGACGAAGAACCGAAGAACCAGAAGAAGAAGAAUCUGGAGAACCGCAGCAGUCUGGGGAGGAGGCGGGUUCUGCAGGUGGACCUGGUGGCGCACAAAGAACCGAAGAACCAGAAGAACCGGGUUCUGGAGGUGGACCUGGUCGUAGACGGCAGGCAGCGAAGUCUGGAGAAGGUCUCGGAGUGGCUGCUGAGGAUUCCGCCGGAGGAGGGACCAAUCGACGACGAGGAGGAGAAGCAGCAGCAAAGCACCAACAUGAGACAGGACAUGAGCCAAUCAGAGCAAGAGCACUCGCUCAGAGGGAGCGAUUCCUGCUUGUCCGCAGACAGCCCAGCCAAUCACAUCACAACGAGCAACAGGCGAACCCCUCAGAGGGAGGAGGGCAGGAGGCUGCAGGAGCAGGUGUUUGGGGCCGUCUACACCAGGGGGCGCCAGACUAGAGGGGGGCAGGGGAAAGGGAGGGCUGCACCUGCCCCUCUCCAGCAUUCUCCUGCCCCUCUCCAGCAUUCUCUUGCCCCUCUGCAGGGGGGAGGCUCCCCUGGACCAGACGAGCUUCUCCCAGACGCCGCCGGGUCCACAGAGAUGCCUACCGCUCCAGAACCCAGUGCUGCUGCACUGGACGAGCCGGAACCACAGGCCCAGCGGGGGGGGAAGCCCGGGAGGAGGAAGAGGAAGUCCGGCGCGCUGACACCGGAGGACUUCAUCAAGAGGCCCUGUGUGGAGGACGGGAAGGAGCCCUGCACAGCUGCCCAGGACCUGGCAGAACCAGAGAACGAAGAGUCCGCUGCCCGGAACUCCGAGGAGCAGAGGCAGGAGGGUUCUGCCCGUAAGCCGGACGGGUCUGACCCAAACACACACGGAAGCGUCCCUGGUGACUCAGACCCAGAACCAGAACUUGGAUCACCCCCAGAGAAGGGGUCGGCGUUUGAGGCCGAGGGGAAGGGCGGCGGCAGCGGCGGCGAGCGGUCCGUGGACGGGUCGGCGUUUGAGGUGAACGAGGUGAGGAGGACGGGGGGGCGACUGAGAGCCCGAGGGAAGAUGAUGCAGGACGCCUGGACCGCCCUGGACAAGACGCUGAGCGCCGACAACACGCCGGAGAGAGAGCCUCGACCGCGGAACACCAGAACCGAGGCGCCGGAGAGAGAACCUCGACCGCGGAACACCAGAACCAAAGCGCAGGAGAGAGAACCUCGACCGCAGAACAUCAGGCCCAAGGCGCCGCAGAGGGACGAGAAGCUUGAGGAGAGGAAGCCGUCGAGGGCUGCCAGGAACCUGAAGCUGGUCAGCGCCGGCGCGGAGCACUGCCCCCUGGUGGCGCAGCUGAGUGGCGCACCUGCGAGCGAUGGCGAUGACGCCCAGAUCGAGAGCUACCCCAGCAGCGGGGAGACCCGGAGCCCUGUCGCCAGGGCAACCAGGCGGAGCAGGAGGCUCGUCGACUUAACUAACGAGGUGCAGGGUGUCCCGAGAAGGACAAGAAACACGACCGCCAAAGCGCCGACAACAGACCCCCCCAAUCCAGACCCCCCCAACCCAGACCCCCCCAACCCAGACCACACCAAUCCAGACCACCCUGAGGAAGAUCCCCGCGCUGCACAUGCUACCACACACGUGAACACACACGUGAACGCACACGUGAACGCACCAGGUCACGGCCCUGCGGAUUCCGUUGAAGAGCCGGACGCAUCGCUGAGAACCGGUGCUGCAACAGCCACGGCACCGAUAGAACGGCACGGUAACCCAGAGCGCUCUGUGGAGGGGAGGGAACGGCACAGUAACCCAGAGCACUCUGUGGAGGGGAGAGAACAGGGCGGAACCACGCAGACCCAACCUGGCGCGCCUCCGAAACGGAACGGGUGUGUGUGUGAGCAGCGCAUGGACAGCAUUGAGGAGGUGGAGGAGAGCUUCAGAGGCAGCAAGAGGAAGUCCUUCCACCUGGGCUCUCCUCGGCGCCAGAGCACGGGCCCUGCGCCCGCAACGCCCGCAACGCCCGUCUCCACGGCAACGCCCGCAACGCCCGUCUCCACGGCAACGGAACCGCGGCCAGACACGCCGCCCGGCGCCAGUCCGAGCGCCGGUGUGUUUGAGUCGGGUCCGAACGCCGCGCAGAACCACGACGCCGCCGCUGCAGCAGCAGCUCUCUCCUGCGGCAGUGAAGUGAUCCCUCCAUCAGACCCGGGGCAGGGGCAACAACACUGCACUCAAGUGCCCCAGACGGGGCAUCAGGGCUCUGGGAGUCUGCUACCUGCCCCUCCGGAGGUCCGUGAGGAGGGCAGUAGAGAGGACUCGGGGGGUAGGAGCUCUCCUGUGACCCCCAAACCCGAGCAGCAGGGCCAAUCGUUUGAGUCCUCCAUGACCCCAGAUGGCCUGGUGCCGCUGGACGCAGAGGGUUCCGUUGCCCUGGACGCAGAGGGUUCCGUCGCCCUGGACGCAGAGGGUUCCGUCGCCCUGGACGCAGAGGGUUCCGUUGCCCUGGACGCAGAGGGUUCCGCUGCCAUGGACGCAGAGGGUUCCGCUGCCAUGGACGCAGAGGGUUCCGUCGCCCUGGACGCAGAGGGUUCCGUUGCCAUGGACGCAGAGGGUUCCGUUGCCAUGGACGCAGAGGGCCCUGACUGUGUGGUGCUGAGUGUGGAGGGGGAGGGGGAGGGGGGCACGGAUGCCUCUCAGCCCCUCAGUGCUGUGAGGAAGAGGAAGAGGAGGGGGAGGAAGGCUCGGCGCCUGGAGUCGUCGGGGUCGGAGCUCAGCAGCGAGGACGAGGAGCUGCCGUCCCUGCAGCAGAUCUUCAGAGCCAACGCCUCGCCACAGCCAAUCGGCAAUCGGGGGCGGAGCUCUGAGAUUCCCCCAGCCCCGCCCCUGCUCCCAGAUGACCCUGAGGAAGAGGCGGCGGACUGUGAGGUCAUUCCCUGCAGCUUGGAGACUCCACCCCCCAGCAGACACUGCCCCCCACAGGCUGGGAGGGAGACUGCAGGGGUGGGAGAGAGACACUGCCCCCCACAGGCUGGGAGGGGGACUGCAGGGGUGGGAGAGAGACACUGCCCCCCACAGGCUGGGAGGGGGACUGCAGCGGUGGGAGAGAGACACUGCCCCCCACAGGCUGGGAGGGGGACUGCAGCGGUGGGAGAGGUGCAGGACGAGGGGGCGGAGCCUGAUGAACACCACGGCUCCCAGGACCUGUUUGGAACUCCAGAGGAGGAUGAGGUAGUCCCUGAGGUGCCUGCAGGGGAGUCUGCCGAGUUCUCUCAGUACUCCAGUGACAUCAUCAACACACAGCAAAAGGUGGAGAUGCAGGCUGAGCUGCAGCGGUUGGAGCAGAUGAUGGCGCUCGUCUCCGAGGCGCUCAAGCAGAAGGAGGCGGAGCCAGGGGCCACGGCAGCCAAUGGGAAUCAAGGGGCCACAACAGUGGGAGGGACCAGUGCUGAGGCAACCAAUGGGAAUCAAGGGGCGGGGCCAAAGCAAAGCUCACUCGGGUCCCCCAAGCAGCAGCCGUCCAGACAGCAGGGAGUGUGGAUGAGAGACGAGGCCUCUUCUGAGGCAGCUGAGGCUGCUCUGCCCUCCCCCACUCCAGACGGCCUGGGACACACUCAGCCCUGCAACACACAGGGGCAGCGCCGUGCUCAAAGGUCGCGUGGCCGUGACGGGCAGAGGUCAAAGUUCAUAGUUGAAGUGUCACCAGCAGCCGCUCCUACCAAACCCCUCCCACUCCAGCUCGCCCUGUCGGGACUAAGUGGGCCACAGCAGGUGGAGGCGAAGAGGUUUGCGAAAAGGAUGGGGGGCAGCGUGACCUCCCACGUGACGGCCAACACCACCCACGUCAUCAUCAGGACAGAUGAUGAACUUGUGUGUGAGCGCACACUAAAGUACUUCCAGGGCAUCUCCAACAGGACCUGGGUUGUCAGCUACCUCUGGGUCUCUGAGUGUCUCAGACAGGAGAAGCUGCUUAAUGAGGUGGAGUUUGAAGUGUGUGGGGAUGUGGUGAAUGGGCGGAGCCACUAUGGGCCUCAGAAAGCACGCUGCACCCAACCAAGCAACUUGCUGAUGAAAGGAUUUGAGAUCUGUUUCUAUGGCCCCUUCACUGGAAUGAGCACAGGUCAGAUGCAGCAGAUGGUUGAGCUUUGUGGAGGUGUUGUGGUGGAAGACCUUUGUCACUUCUCCAAAAACUGUUCUUCUCAGCUUGUGAUUGUGCAGCCUGAAUCAGAAUCAGAAACCAACUUCAAAAUCAGAGAUUUGCCGGACGAUGAAGUGGUGGUGAGCCGUGGUUGGCUGCUGGAUUCCAUAGCAACCUACACACUCCAGGACCUGCACAGCUAUAUGCCAGAGGCCCCGCCCCUUCAGCCCUCCCCCCCAUUCUGACCAAUCCCACGACAUCUGACCCCCCCAUUCUGACCAAUCACACGACAUCUGACCCCCAUACUGACCAAUCCCACGACAUCUGACCCCCCCAUUCUGACCAAUCACACGACAUCUGACCCCCAUACUGACCAAUCCCACGACAUCUGACCCCCCCAGACUGACCAAUCCCACGACAUCUGACUCCCAUACUGACCAAUCCCACGACAUCUGACCCCCAUUCUGACCAAUCCCACGACAUCUGACUCCCAUACUGACCAAUCCCACGACAUCUGACCCCCAUACUGACCAAUCCCACGACAUCUGACCCCCCCAUACUGACCAAUCCCACGACAUCUGACCCCCAGACUGACCAAUCCCACGACAUCUGACCCCCCCAGACUGACCAAUCCCACGACAUCUGACCCCCCCAUACUGACCAAUCCCACGACAUCUGACCCCCCCAGACUGACCAAUCACACGACAUCUGACCCCCCCAGACUGACCAAUCCCACGACAUCUGACCCCCCCAGACUGACCAAUCCCACGACAUCUGACCCCCCCAUACUGACCAAUCCCACGACAUCUGACCCCCAUACUGACCAAUCCCACGACAUCUGACCCCCCCAGACUGACCAAUCACACGACAUCUGACCCCCCCAGACUGACCAAUCCCACGACAUCUGACCUCCCCAGACUGACCAAUCCCACGACAUCUGACCCCCCCCAGACUGACCAAUCACACGACAUCUGAGGAUUCCAAGCCAUAGACUCCUCCUCCCUGAACUGUGACCCUCUGGAGUGGGAUGGAGGGACAGAGUUCUCCAGUGUUCCGCUGGGUUCUCCAGUGCUCCGCUGGGUUCUCCAGUGCUCUGCUGGGUUCUCCAGUGCUCUGCUGGGUUCUCCAGAGUUCUCCAGUGUUCCGCUGGGUUCUCCAGUGCUCCGCUGGGUUCUCCAGUGCUCUGCUGGGUUCUCCAGUGCUCUGCUGGGUUCUCCAGAGUUCUCCAGAGUUCUCCAGAGUUCUCCAUGGCUUCUGCUGGGUUCUCCAGUGUUCUGCAAAAUGCUGCUGGUUCUGCUUUUUUUUUACCUGUCUCAGAUGACGGCAGAAGAACUCAAAAGUGGACGGACAUGCACACACUGUUCUUCUGUCUCACACACACACACACACACACACACACACACACACACACACACACACACACAACUCAUUUAUUCAUCUCUUCCCUGUUUGUUCUCUUUCAGGUCCACAUUGUCUGAUUUUUUUUUUUCUGUGUGUGCGUGCAUGCAUGGGAGUUGCACAGUGUGUUUGCGUGUGUUUGCGUGUGUUUGCGCGUGUUUGCAUGUGUGUGCGCGUUUUUGCGUGUGUUUGUGUGUGUUUGUGUGUGUUUGCGUGUGUGUGUUUGUGUGUUUGCGUGUGUUUGUGUGUGUUUGUGUGUGUGCGUGUGUGUUUGUGUGUGUUUGCGUGUGUGUGUGUGCGUGUGUGUUUGUGUGUGCGUGCGUGUGUUUGUGUGUGUGCGUGUGUGUGCGUGUGUGUUUGUGUGUGUUUGUGUGUGCCUGCGUCCGUGUGUGUGCCAUGUGUCUUAAUGAGUAAAGAUGUUUCUGUUGUUCUGUC